CAAAUGCAAUACACUGAAUUUUUUUGCCAUAAUCGGAGCACGGCUCUUGAGACUAGAUGGCGGGCAAGUACCGCAUAAAAUCAGUAUGGCCGCUUCCUUUCCUAUGGACUGUCAGUCAAGCGAGUAGGUCGGCUUGUGCUUCGAUGAUGACAUUAUGGUUUCUGCUGAGAAUACGGGAAGCAGUUGCGUCAGCGCCAUACUGGUCUUUAUGUUGGCGCUCACGUAUGUCGGCAGUCUGUAUAUCUGGAGGACACGGGAUCACAGGGAUCACCCGGUCACCAUAAAGAAAAGGUUCAUCAGCGUGUUCGCCAUAAUAUGCAUAUCCCCUCUCUUUGUGGUUUUCGGCGCCGAUCUUGGUCAUUUCAAGAAGAAUGCCAGCGUGCCUGCCGUGAUGGGUCUUCGCUUUGCUGGGCUGCUACAAGCCAUUGUCCUGCCCUUAGCUCUUACAAUGGUGCUUUUUGCGGGCCCCCUUGUACUGCACUACUUUGAUGGAGUCUGGAGCCUCUACCUGGAGCCACGCUACUGGUACUUGAAUCUGAGGAACCUCAUCUGGCUUAGGAACCAUAUUGUGGCACCAUUGUCAGAAGAGUUCACAUUCCGUGCCUGCAUGCUUCCCAUUCUGGUGCCUUGCUUGGGCCACCGAGCUGCCGUUAUGAUCUGUCCGCUAUUCUUUGGUGUUGCUCAUUUCCACCAUCUCAUCGAGAGGCUCACAAGGACAAACAAUGUCAAAAUGGCUGUCAUGCAGUCUGUGUUCCAGUUUGCCUACACAACCAUCUUUGGUGCCUACUCCGUCUAUCUAUUCCUCAGGACAGGUCACUUCGUGGCACCUUUUGUGGCCCACGCCUUCUGCAACCACAUGGGUUUCCCCGACGUGGCCGAGGUGUUUGGCUACAAGCAGCCACGACUCACCCUGCUUCUACUGGCUUUCUUGCUUGGCCUCCUGUCCUGGGCAUCACUGCUGGAGCCCAUGACCCGGCCACAGAUCUACUCAAAUGAGUUGUACUACCAGUCUUUAUGACGUGCGCUUGCCAGCAAGCCCAGCAUUGCGCCAUUGCGCUCGGACGAAGAGGUGUUCAUUUUCUUGUCAUGUGACUCGUACAUCUGUGCUCUGCACUCAUUUGUCAACCAUCGUUUCAGCCAUUUACCAGUGGAAAAGGAGGGCGGAAAUCUGCUGACCUUCUGAGCUUUGCUCCGAGGCACUUGCAUGGUUGUGGUUUUAGAGUUAAGGUUUCAAGGACAAGUGCAAUGGAGGGGCAUUAUCUAGCCAUGUCAUUCAUUGCGUAGCAUGAGGUGGCAGACCUCUGUGUGAAAAAAAAAAAAGGACGACGCUGUAAACUAAGAACGAGGCGGAAGACAUUGACACAUCAACUGCUUCAUGACUUCAGGAACCGAACACAGUUUACAUGUGCUAUGAUUCAGUUUUCAAAAUGGAGUCACGUUACUCAUACCAUGCCACGUAUUCUUCUUCGCUUUCUUUUCUACAUAUCUCUCUAAAGUGCGACUACUGUAAAAUGUCACCUAUGUUUGGUUCAUUGUUUCAAACAUACACACUACUGUAACGGGCAGACAUGUAAAAAGGUUUACUUCAUGGGCAUUAACCGCAUCGCUACUGUUGGCCUCAUAGAUCGCUUUGUUUGUUGCAGUAGCCGACUCAUGAACAUUUGUUUCUCGGUGCCACUGUUGGGCAACAUAUUGUUCACUUUCUUGAGCUCAACCAGAGAAGUUCAUUGGCUCAUUGUUUUGUUGUUGUUACAUUGACUGAGUACCCAAAAGAAGCUUGUAAGGUCCACACAAAAUUGUUGAAUAUGUGAUUCAUUGAGGUGAGGUUAAAAGAGGAGAUGAGAGAGGGGAAAAAAAAAAACCCUCAUUGUUGCAUCCUGGUUUAUUUAUAACUGUGAUUGUUUUGGCAGCCCAGUUAACAAGGCUUUAGGCUUGUUUCUGUUGCUAACCAAAUGCUGAACGGUGCACAGUAUAAGUGGACUAAAUGUGCCUUAUUGGCACAAAGGAAUGAUGCUGGAAUGUCCUCAGUUGUGUGUUAAAUGUGCUAACUCCAACACAUUCAUGUAGUUUUUAGCAGUUUUUUUUAAUUUUUUUUUCUGUUGAGUGGGAUACAACCUCUGAAAUUUUUGAAUAUUUUAGGCACCGUUUGUAAAGAACAGCAGCUCUCUGAGCAUGCUAACAGAUAUUUUCUUAUUUCUCAAAAAUCUUGCAGUUAAAGUUUGCUGUUGUCAAAACUAAAAUGGCUUGCUGCAAAGAACACUCGCGAAAGCCCAAGCAUCCUUCUUUUCCAUUCUUUUUUUUCCUUCUCCAGGACACUGUAUCAUCAAUGCUGUGCUGAGUAAUUUAAAUUUUACAUUUAAUAGCAGUGGAAAAUACGUGACAUUUUACCAUCGCAUGAUGCAGUCUGUUCUUCUGAUGUGUAUAGAUGUUGUUUGCGAGGUGUGAAACAUUGUGUGAUAACUUAUACAUUGUGUAAUUUUGAAUAUUUAUUAAGCUGUUGCGUUGUGCUCAGGAGGAUCUUGAAGAGUGCGUAUAUCUUGCUGAUGUGUUUAGCAUUAUGGCCAUUAAAGCUGCACUGUUGAGGAUGUCAUAUCUUUACUCUAAAAAUGUGAAAUACUGAUGCUGAGGUGUAACUAGCAGUAUAUAAUUAACCAUUGCCCUUUACACAGGUAUAUAUACCUGUUACAAGUUUGUGAGAUUAAUAACAAUGUUGGAGCUCAAUGGCUGUUAUUGCUUUCCUGAAACAAAGUUCACCUGACGGACAUGACAGCUUUGUCAGAUACCACUGCACACAUAUUGUGACCACCAUGAGGUGCUCCUAAAUUGCACUAUCAGAUUUAAGUAGGAUGUAAACAUAACAGCACUGAAAACAGUGAAAGGUAAAUAAGGCACAGAACGUAUUGCUCAGAUAAUUUGGUGCACUAUAGGCCUGUGUUAAUUUCACAGCUUGCUGGUACUCCUACCAACUGGGCAUUUGUAGCUUACAUGGGUGGGAGUGUAACUUCAGUUGAAGUAUUUAGGCUAGUCAUAGCAGUUGUGGCGGUCGCAAGAAAAUAUUUUUAGACGAUGCGAAAUUUGUAUGCAUUGAGUGAAUUCGUGUGUUGCCCUUUGUGCAGCCUUUCUCUAAGUGCUAAGCUAGACCAGAUGGAAUGCAGUCCCCUGCUUUUGAGGACUUAUAGCAGAAUGGGAAAAGAGUGUACAUGAAAAGGAACUGCGCAUGAAACACAACUUACGAGACUUUUCUUGCGGUAGCAACGCAAGCUUCGGGAUUGACAUUGCACAGACAGAUGAGCAUAGAUGGUAGUGUGUGCAUGAUGCAGUCGGCACAAAGUUGUGAGCUGUUCAAGGAUUUAGUAUGUUUCUGUACAUGCUCGUAUUUGUGAAAACUCGCAGCACGUGAUUCUAUCUAGAAAAAAAAAGAAACGGAUCGACUUUGUAAAUUACAGUAUGGCUUACCAAUCAGGCCAAGUAAUUUCCAUAAUUCCCAAUGCUGCCCCAUUUUUCGCUUAUUUAUGGGUGUUGAGGCAGAGCUUCCUGUCCAGCUGGUGCUGAAUGGAAAGACUGCUUGAAGAGGCAAUGCACAAAUACUACAUUCAAUGCACAAUGUGCCAGCAAAAAUGGAAAGCUGAUAAAACUUUCCUCGCAUCUGCCAGUCAUUACCAUCUUAUGAUCAGUCACUCGCCACCAUAAUUCAGAGUGCUUUCUAAGUACUUGUAAGAAAAUGAACGUGGGAUGGUGGAACACUGCACUUUUGUUUUUUGUACUACUUUCAGGCUAACUGGCAUUAGUUCAAGCAUACAAAUUGUACCGAGUGUCCUAUUCCUAAUGGAAUAGGACACUCGCCUAGAAUAGGACACUAACCUAGAAUCACUAGGUUAGUGUGGUUGGUUGUACAGUGGUGCUGCCGGUAGAAGGCACCAUCGUUCGUGUCAUACACGAUAGAGGUGACUUCAUCGGUGUAGUUAAAGUGGCUACAUAUAUGGAUUGUUCAGACAGUUCGGUUGUUGAGCUACUAUGCUGGAUACCUGAUAUGUCGUAUGAAGAUGUUUAAUUACGUGAGCGCACUGAUCGUGUACUAACAGUUUUACUGAUGUGCCCGCCAGAUUGAAAGAAUUACGCAGUUGAUGGCCGGUGCAGACUUGGUCAUUUUAUUAGCGAAAAUUAUUUGUCGGGUCCAGGGUCACCUUAAAAAACCUGUAAUGAUAUGAUUCGUGUCUGUACAUAUAUUUUUAUACAUUAAAAGCGAUGUUAUGUG